CAUCAUCAUGUGGCUGCUGAUACCGAUUUUGGUGUAUUCCCUGAUCUUCCUCUACGUCAGACACAUCUACAGUUAUUGGCGCCGAAAGGGAUUUCCCCAUGAAAAUGCCAGCCUCAGGUGGUCAUUUUUGCGCGCCAUCUAUCAGAGAGAAUUUCAUUACAACGAAGCCAUCAAUUCGUAUUACGGAGUGGGUAAGGAACGUUUUGUGGGGAUAUAUUGCUUCUUUCGCCCCAUCCUCAUGAUACGUGACCUCUCGUUGGCCCGAACCCUUAUGGAAAAUCAGGCUGGACAUUUUAACGAUACGCGAUGGGAUUACAUACGAUCAUAUCGUAAAUAUAAUCUAUUGGAGAAGUUAUCACCGUUAUUUGCCAACAGCCGUUUAGAGGCCAUGUUUCGAAAUGUGGAAAAGGUUAGCGAUCAUCUGGUAAAUAAAUUGAAUUCAACAUCGGGUAGCAUGACGACGGCGGCGGCGGCAUCGAUGGUGGCAUCUGCUGCUGAUUCGGAUUAUUGUAUAGUUGAUAUGCAACAAUUGUUGAGAAUUUAUGCCGUUAAUAUUAUCGCAAAUCUUAUCUAUGGCCUGGACAUUGAUGUUUUCAAACAAACCGAUUCGGUAUUUCUACAGUAUUCGAAUAAUGCAUUUCAAAGGAGCGGUAUUAAUUCAUACACCUUCAGUCGCCUGCCAAAGAAAUCCUCACUGACAUAUCGUCUGCGUGACAUUGUCCAACAAAAUGUCGAAUUGCGUGAAGAUGGUGCCACCAUCCGUAAGGAUGUAAUGCAGCUGUUGGUUAAAUUCCGCAAUGGAAAUGACAUUGAAGUGAGAGAGAAAUUUAAUUGGCACAUCGAAAAUGUCUUCGAACGUGAAAAGGUGAUUUCAAUUAAAAAGGUGGCCAGGAUAGCGGAAUAUUUAUUGGAAAAUGGUAUUACGACAAUAGCAUCGACAGCAGUAUUUACACUCUAUGAAAUAUUAAAACAACCCGAACUGAUGGAAAAGGUGAGAAAUGAAAUAAAGUCGGCUAAGGCGAUCAAUGGAGUGAAGGAGAAACAGCAGCAACCGCAUCAGAUUAAUUAUGAACAAUUAAAACAAAUGAAAUUAUUGGAUUUAUGUAUACAAGAAACCACUCGCAAAUACCCCAGUGUACCGACCAUAGAGCGAACUUGCCGCAAGCCAUAUGCCAUACCGAACAGUAAACGUACCCUGAAUGAGGGUAAGUCGUUUGUUAUACCCCUACUGGCCAUACAAAGGGACGGGAAGUACUUUCAAGAUCCAUUGGCCUACAAACCUCAGAGAUUUUUGCAUGAUAGUAAUGGUAAUCCUGGAGAGAAAUUUACGGAAUUUGGUCUGGGAGCUAAAACAUGUAUAGCACAAAAUUUUGUAAAACUUGCAGUGAAGCAAAUUUUAGUGAAACUAUUCUCUACCUAUCAGAUGAAAUUGAUGCCAAUGAGCGACUUUAGUGUUUGUUACGACGAUACACCCUAUAUACGAUCAGCGGAUGGAUUGAGGGUGGGCAUUAAAUCCGGAAAAGUUAAAUUUGAAUUGUAA